CAUUUGUAAGUUGUAACACACACACACACACACACAUAAACUCAAAAACAAAUUUGUCUCCUUUCCUUUCUUCUCUAAUAGUGUGAAUCAACCAACCAACCCCACAAGCCACAACACAACUUCCCUUUAUUUUUUUGACAACGCUUUAAUUCCAUCGCCUCAUUCUCCGAACCUUACCUUACCUUGCCUAAGCAAACCUCAUUCUUUUCCUCAAUUUCUCUCUCCUCUAAAUUCUCUCUCCUCUUCUCAACCGCAUGGUAACCGUCGAUUAAUCGGUGAUCAAAAACUAUUUUUUACUCCUUCAAAUUUAUUCAAGCUAGUUUGGAUUUGGAGGAGCUUGAGCAAUUGCUUUGGAGCAGGUGAGUUCUUUCCUCUCUUUGGUGCACAUUUAGUUAUUGAGUCAUAGGAUUCUUCAGCGUGAUAGGUGUAACCGGAUAAAUACAUAUGUCUAGUGUGUCUAUGGAUCUCUGAUUGUCUGUGUAUUGUAGGGCUGGUUCUUUUCUUAGGUUGGGAUUUUUGUGGCAGCUAACUGAGUAGUUACUGUUUAUCCAUUUCCUUCUAUUAGCGAGCUAGAGCUUGUUUUUGUAUUUGGCUGGGGUGUGUGAGUGCAAAUUCCUGUCAUCCUAUGAGUGGAUUUGUUCGUUGCUGCAUUUGAGCUCUGGUUUCCUGACUGGUUAAGGCAGUACUCAUAUGUGAUUAUGGCACACAGACACAUAUAUAACACAUCACAGAUAUUUGAAGCUGAGCCUGAUCAACACUGGAAUAUUGUGCAUCCUGAAGAUCCAUACCUUCACUUUGCCAGAACUACUUCUGCAGAAAAUGCUCCACUUUUCCAUCCUGUGGAGAAUGGACCAGUGGAUCGAGCUCAUUAUGUUUCUCCAUGGAAUGGUGCUACAAGAUUAAGUGGAUAUUCUUCGUCAAGCCAGAUGGUCAAUGCACCCCAUUAUCAAGCUGAUACUUCUGAUCCUUCUCGAGAUUCUAUCCACCCUUCUGCUGCUGGAAAUAUCUUUAUGGUUCCAGAAAAUCAUGUUCACCAUGCAUCUUCCUCAAAUUAUGGAGUUGAAAGCAACUAUUUUGAUCUUUCAAUCAGCAAUGGACGGGAUUCAUACAAAAGGAAAAGCCCUGGGAUCCCUACUAUCCCCGAGAGGGGCGGCACCAGUAGAUAUUAUAGUGCUGGAAGCUCAUCUGAUAUGUCUUCAUCAUCUGAAUUGCGCCAGGAAAAAUCAGCUGUUGAUACCCAACAUAAUCACUGGGAGACACUGACUGUUCCUACCAGUUACAGAACCAAUCAACUUUCAAUUGGCGGCGAAACCUCUCUCAGGAAUGUGAGAAGCCGACCCACAUUGGACUUGGAGUCAGAUGUGUUUAGGACCCAUCUCCCAGCUAAUUAUCCACACCAUCCCAGUUCGAGCAGACAUCCAAUUGAUCAUCCUGGCACCGUUGAUCCUAAUCAGAAUCCAAAUGUUCCUUUACCGGAAUGGACACCUAUUCAUGUGUCUGGUGCUCCUCAUGGAAGGACUAUAAUAUCUAGUAAUAUGAGUCAUGAGAGUAAUCACUUCUUUGCUGGAAGCAGCAUAGCAAAUUCUGCUGGCGAAAUGGCUGGCUAUCAUCAUGAGCAUGUUGCCAACAGAAAUUCUCUUUCACAUAGUUUGCAUCCUACUCCAUCUCAUACAAGGGGAGUUCGCAGCAGCUAUUCACACAGAUCCACUCCAAAUAGCAGAGCUUCAAUGGGAAAUUUGCGUAUGAGCCAUGUGGCUCCGUCUGAUGACGGUCUUCAGUUACUGGGAGAAAAUCAUACCACAAGACAUCCAAGACAAUUUGGCCCUGUAGGAUGGCGCAAUUGCGACAGAAGUGGGAGAUCUAGGCUGUCUUCUGAGAGAUAUCGUUUGCUUUCUGAGGAUGCUAGCGCCCAUGAUCGACUAACUCCCGAGGGUCUGAUGAUUGUUGACCGCUCUUCCCUAUAUGGUUCAAGGAAUUUCAUGGAUCAUCAUCGAGACAUGAGGCUAGACGUAGACAACAUGAGCUAUGAGGAACUACUUGAUCUUGGAGAUAGGAUUGGAAGUGUCAGCACUGGGUUGUGUGAAGACCAAUUACCCAAGUGUUUGACAGAGUCAGUGUACUGUUCAUCAGAUCAGUCGCAGGAAGAAGGAAGAUGUGCAAUAUGCCUGGAGGAUUACAGGCAUAUGGAUGAUGUUGGAACCCUAAAAGCUUGUGGCCACGAUUAUCACGUCAGCUGCGUCAAGAAAUGGUUAUCGAUGAAGAACACAUGUCCAAUCUGCAAGGGCCCGGCUAUGCCAGAAAAUACCAAGGAGAAGUAAGCUGAAGCUCCAUGGAUGCUUUUUACGUAUCUCCAUUCUUUGUAAAUAUGUCACACAUGUAAACAUCAGGAACUUUCCUCAAAUGAAGGAAUCUCAUCUAGAAGUACUAUUAAGGUUAUGCUUAGUGGAUCGAUCAAGAACAGCAGAAGUAGUUUAUCCAAGUGUUUUAUUGUUUAUAUCUUUUGUUGGACUAAAACAUAUUAGCUGAUAAUAAUAGUCGGUCUGUUUAAAUUAA